AUGGCAGCAGCAAUGAUGGCAAGCACACAGGAAGAGCAUCAGAAGCACAAGACUAAGAGAGGGGAGAUGGUUGUGGAGCACUUCAUCAAGCACCCGCUGCAGAACAGGUGGGCCUUAUGGUUCUUCAAAAAUGACAAGAGCAAAACUUGGCAAGACAACUUGCGGCUUGUCACCAAGUUUGAUACUGUGGAAGACUUCUGGGCACUGUAUAGCCAUAUCCAACUAGCUAGCAAGCUGACUUCUGGCUGUGACUACUCUCUUUUCAAAGAUGGUAUUGAACCCAUGUGGGAAGAUAACUGGAACAAGCAUGGUGGUCGUUGGCUUAUCACAUUGGCCAAACAGCAGCGGCAUACAGAACUUGACCGUUUCUGGUUAGAGACUCUGUUGUGCCUGAUUGGAGAGAUGUUCUGUGACUACAGUGAUGAUGUCUGUGGGGCAGUCAUCAAUAUCCGUGCCAAAGGGGACAAAAUUGCCAUUUGGACCCGGGAGGCAGAGAACCGGGAUGGAGUAAUUCAUAUUGGGCGUGUGUAUAAGGAACACCUGGGCCUCUCUUCAAAAGUGGUAAUUGGUUAUCAGGCUCAUGCAGACACAGCUACCAAGAGUGGCUCCCUCAUGAAAAACAAAUUUGUAGUGUGA